AUGUUAAGAGGUGGAAUAAAGAGUAACAUAGUCGGUAAUAAUAUCGUCUACUUAUCAAGAAGAUGUUUAGCAACUGAAAUACCCAAGUCAGCUGUUCCCCAAGAAGCAAAGAAACCAAGAAGAAGAACUACAAAGUUUUCUGACAAAUUAAACAAAGGACCAUCGUUUGAUGAUUUUAUAUCGGGAAAAGCAGCAGAAAUUAUACCUGAAGAUCCUUUACAAACUGCUAGAAGAGACCCAGAUCAAAGAUUACCAAAAUGGUUAAAAGUUCCUAUUCCAAAAGGUCAAAGUUUUCAAUCUAUAAAGAACGAUUUAAAAGAAUUGAAAUUAUCAACAGUUUGUGAAGAAGCUAAAUGUCCUAAUAUUGGUGAAUGUUGGGGAGGUGAUAAAGCAGAAGCUACUGCCACCAUUAUGUUGUUAGGGGAUACCUGUACUAGAGGUUGUAGAUUCUGUUCAGUGAAGACAAACAGAAAUCCAACAAAACCUGACCCUAUGGAACCUGAAAACACCGCUGAAGCUAUAAGUAGAUGGGGUCUUGGUUAUGUUGUAUUGACCACCGUUGAUAGAGAUGAUUUAAUAGAUGGUGGUGCUAAUCAUUUAGCUGAAACUGUUAUGAAAAUAAAGCAAAAAGCUCCACAAAUUUUGGUUGAAGUAUUAGGUGGUGAUUUCAGAGGUGAUUUAGAUAUGGUUAAUAUCUUAGCAAAAUCAGGAUUAGAUGUUUACGCUCAUAAUUUAGAAACUGUUGAAGCUUUAACUCCUUUUGUCAGAGAUAGAAGAGCUACUUAUAGACAAAGUUUAGCAGUUUUGGAAAGAGCCAAGCAAGUUAAAUCUAAUCUUAUCACCAAAACAUCUAUAAUGUUAGGUUUUGGAGAAACUGAUGAUCAAAUCUUACAAACUUUAACAGAUUUAAGAUCAAUUGAUUGUGAUGUUGUAACUUUUGGUCAAUAUAUGAGACCAACUAAAAGACACAUGAAAGUUGUUGAUUAUAUUACACCUGAAAAAUUCGAUUAUUGGAGAGAUAAAGCAUUAGAAAUGGGAUUUUUAUAUGUAGCAAGUGGUCCAUUAGUUAGAUCUUCUUAUAAAGCUGGGGAAGCAUUUAUUGAAAAUGUUAUUAGAAAAAGAACACAUAAUGUUGGUGAAACUCCAAGAUUGGCUCAAGAAAUAAAACCCAAACUUUUUACAUAA